AUGAUAAAGUUAAUAGUACAAGAUGUAAAUCAAUCACAAGCAUCUUCAUCUUCAUCUAAUGGUAGUUCAUCACAAAGAAGAGGAGUAGCAUACCUUUGUUAUAAACAAAUGCAAACUCUUUCAUUAUCAAUUGGUGAUUUGGUUUUAAUUCAAAGUAUCGAUAGUAGUGAUAGUAGUAUUGAUGAUAGUAAUGAAAAUAAUGGAUGUUUAUUGACAUGUUGGCCAGUUAAAAAGUUAUCUUUAAAUUAUAUAUUAAUUGAUAAUUUUAUAAGAGAUAAUAUUAAAGUCAAUAUUGGAGAUUCAAUUCAAUUGACAAAAAUCAUUUCCUCAUCAUCUGAUAUAAUAUUAUUAAAUGCAUCAACAGUUUAUAUUGAAUGUUUAAACGUUUCAUAUUCAAGUUAUAUUGAACAAUUAAAUCAACAUGGAUUACUGUCAACAUUGGUAUCAUCACAAUUAUCUGGUUAUUAUUUUACACAUGGAAAUACUUUUAAUUGUUGUUUAAAUGGUAGACAAACAAAAUUUAAAAUUAAUUCUAUCGAUAAUAACAGUAAACAACAAAAUAUAUUUUCAAAAAUAUUAGAUCAAACAAAAUUUAAACUAAACAAUAAUCAAAAUAAUAAUCAAGUUAAUAAUAAUGUUUCACCUGUUUCAAUGAUUGGAGGAUUAUCAAAUCAAAUGAAAGAAAUUAAAGAGAUACUUUCAUUGGCAUUUGAAAAGAGAGAAAUGUUGAAUCGAUUUGGUAUUAAACCACCAAGAGGUGUUUUAUUGUAUGGACCACCUGGAACUGGAAAGACAAUGUUGGCAAGAACUGUGGCUAGUGAAAGUGGAUGUACAUUGUUUACAAUGAAUGGAGCUGAUAUUUUGGACAAGUAUUAUGGUGUAACGGAAAAGGCAAUUCAAUCUAUAUUUAGAGAUGCUGCACAAAGAGCACCAUCUAUUAUAUUUAUCGAUGAGCUCGAUGCACUCUGUCCCAAACGUGAUCAAGCUACCACUGAAAUUGAAAAACGUCUUGUUGGAUGUCUACUGACUCUGCUGGAUGGUAUCAAUUCAGAUGAGCGAGUAGUUGUGAUUGGAUGUACUAAUCGACCAGAUGCAUUGGAUGGUUCACUUAGACGACCUGGUCGUCUAGACAGAGAAAUUGAAAUUGGUAUACCAAAUGCAAUCAAUCGACAAGAUAUCCUUGGUAUAAUAUGUUCUCGUAUACCUAAUCAAUUGACACCCGCAGAUAUUGGAUUAGUAGCUAGUAAAACACAUGGUUAUGUUGGUGCAGAUUUGGAAUCACUCGUCAAAGAAUCAUGUUUAAUUAAAUUUCAUAAAUUAAUUAAAAAUGGUGAAAUUCUAAAUGAUAAAGAAGAAGAUAAAGAUGCAUCGUCUCAAUUCUCUGUUGACCUCUCAGACAUGAUGAUUGCAAUGGAAAAGAUUAGACCAUCAUCAAUGAGAGAGGUGAUUGUAGAAGUACCAAAGGUAAAAUGGGAGGAUAUUGGUGGACAAGAUGACAUUAAAGAAAAAUUAAAAGAGGCUAUUGAAUGGCCACUCAAACAUCCAGCCGCUUUUGAACGAAUGGGUAUCCGUCCACCAAAAGGAAUUUUAUUGUAUGGACCACCAGGUUGCUCAAAAACACUGCUUGCCAAGGCGUUGGCAACAGAAUCUGGACUCAACUUUAUUGCCGUCAAGGGUCCAGAACUCAUUAGCAAAUGGGUCGGAGAGUCGGAACGUGCAGUCAGAGAUAUAUUCAAAAAGGCUCGUCAAAACUCUCCAUCUAUUCUCUUUUUCGAUGAAAUGGAUGGCUUGGCAACCGAACGUUCCGGUCAAGGUAGUGGUGCCAUUGAACGUGUCGUAUCUCAACUAUUGACAGAAAUGGAUGGUAUACAACCAUUGACCAAUGUAACCAUUGUAGCUGCAACCAAUCGUCCAGAUAUCAUUGACAAGGCUAUCCUUAGAGCCGGUAGAAUCGAUAGAAUCCUCUACAUUUCACCACCAGACCAAAAAGCAAGAAAAGAAAUUUUUAAAAUCCAUCUUUUAAAAGUUCCUCAUUCAAAUGAUAUUGAUAUUGAUUUAUUAUCAAAUAUUACUGAUGGAUAUAGUGGAGCAGAAGUAACAUCAAUUUGUAAAGAAGCAUCUGUUUGUGCAAUGAAAGAAGAUUUAAAUAUUGAAAAGGUUGAAAUGAGGCAUUUCCAAAGUGCCAUUGGUUUGGUUAAAAAGGGUAUUACAAAGGAAAUGAUUGAAUUUUAUGAUAAUUAUCAAAAACAAUCUAAAUUACAAAAACUAUAA